AUGUUCAAGAGCCGAGUCAACAUGGGAAGUAAGUUGAAAACUCUAGCAAUUUUACUAUCCUUAUCUACUCUUCUCUAUGCUCCAUUAUUUUCCACAUCAGUGGAGCGGCUUGUUAGGAUCAAACUAAAGAAAGUGAAAUAUAAUGGAACCAAUUCAGACAUCACUUUAAACGCAUCCAUUACGAAGUACACAAAGAGUUUAAAUAACCUUAGUGAUUCCCAUCAAUCUGAUAUCGUAGCCCUGAACAACUAUAUGAAUGCUCAAUACUUUGGUGAGAUCGGCAUUGGCACCCCACCUCAGAAAUUUAAUGUGAUCUUCGAUACAGCUAGUGCUAACUUGUGGGUACCUUCCUCACAAUGCUUAUUUUCGGGGAGUUCCUUUUAUCCAAAAGGGGUUGUAGCAGCAAUGGAGGAAGUGGCAAUGAUAGUGUACCAUUCAUUAAACAAUGUUAUCAGUUCAAUCGUAAUAGUUACUAACAUUUCUGGAAUUAUCUCUCUUAUGGCUGUUGAUACCACCGUUUCUAUCCGGUCAUGUAUCUCAGCCUCGCUUGGUCCUGACCCUUCAGAUCCAGAACCUGAACUGCUUCCUCUUGUGAUCAUUACCAUGCUAAAGGUGUUACAAGAAUUGGUAAAUACAAAUAGAACCAACUCCAAAUAG